AUGCCCACAAGCCCCACGCUCUCCACCACACCCUCACGCCCACAUUCUCCAGCACGCCCUCACGCCCACAUUCUCCAGCACGCCCUCACGCCCACAUUCUUCAACACACCCUCACGCCCACAUUCUCCAGCACGCCCUCACGCCUACAUUCUCCAGCACGCCCUCACGCCCACAUGCUCCAGCACGCCCUCACGCCCACAUUCUUCAACACACCCUCACGCCCACAUUCUCCAGCACACCCUCACGCCCAUAUGCUCCAGCACACCCUCACGCCCACAUUCUCCAGCACACCCUCACGCCCAUAUGCUCCAGCACACCCUCACGCCCACAUUCUUCAACACACCCUCACGCCCACAUUCUUCAACACACCCUCACGCCCACAUUCUUCAACACACCCUCACGCCCACAUUCUUCAACACACCCUCACGCCCUCGCUUUCCAGCACACUGUCACACCCACCCAGCAGACCUCCAGCAGUGGCCAGGAUGGGGAUACCCAAAAUAA